UACUUAUAGAAUUUCAUACGCCACAGGACUCUGGCCUUAUCUAAGCAAAUCACAAAAAUGGUUCAAAAGAAGUCUCUUUUUUAUUCUUACUCUCACAUUAGCCGUACCAAUGUGGAUUGGUCUGUUCAAAGCUGUUGGUGAUAUUAAUUUGCUGUUUGAGUGCUUCCCACCCAUAGUUAUUUUAACAUUCGGCAAUAUAAUGUUUUUUAAUUUUAUAAUAAAUGCUAAUGAGCUGAAAAUGUUACUAGAAAAAAUUGAGAAAGACUGGAUAAUCUGGUCAACAGAACCGGAAUUUAGAAUUUUGAAAAACUACGCCGAGGCGGGAAAAAAAUUCAGAGUGGCGUACUUUGUAACUCUAAUGGGUGUGUUGGCGUGUUUUAUGGCCGUACCAGGUUUGCCACAAUUUUUAAAUUGGGUAAGACCGUUAAACGAUUCCAGGCCUAAAGAGUAUAUUUAUUAUACUGAAUAUGGAAUUGACGUUGAGGAAUAUUACAUCCCAAUUUUUCUCCAUAGUUACUUUUUCAGUUUCAUCAAUUUUAUACUUCUUCUUAAUGGAGAUAUGAUGUUCAUGGCCUGUACUCAACAUGUCUGUGGAGUUCUUGCAGCAAUGGGAUUCAAGCUGAAAAAUCUCAUCAACGAAAAUCUUUCAAUGGAACGUGACAAUAAUUAUCAAACGAAAAUUGAUAAUAAAAUUAUCUUUUGCAUUAAACAGCACCAGGAACUGAUAGUUUUUUUAGAGAACAUGCAUAAAUGCUUUAGUUUCGUCUUCCUGGCAACAGUUUUAUUUAAUAUGCUGAUUAUAAGUGUAACAGGAGUCCAGACUGUAAUGAACUUAGAGCACCCGGAAGUUGCAUUUAGGUUUGCAUCUUCGACGGUUGGCCAAAUGUUUCAUCUUUUCUUCCUAACAAUACCAUGUCAGCAAAUGAUUGAUCUCAGCCUGAACAUUUCGGAUUCAGUGUACACAUCAAAUUGGUACAUCUUGCCUUCACGUUCCCGAAAAUUGUUGCUGAUGUUAAUGAGAAGGAGUUCAGAACCAUUUGAAUUUAUAGUUGCAAAAUUAUAUACGUACUCUAUGCAGAAUUUCGGAGUGGUAAUUAAAACUUCAAUUUCAUACUUCACGGUACUGGUUUCGUUACAAUGAGGAAAGUAUGGCUUCGAUUAUCACCAAAUGUGUUUAGAAAUUAUUUUUAAUCGUUAUAAUAAGAUAUAUCGAAGCUAUAGAUAAUCAAUUAUAAUUUGAUUUGAAGAAACAAUCUGAAACUGA